AUGGCCUACCAAGGCGGCCAUCCCCAUUCGCCAUCAUCAAAUUAUGGUGACGAAGGUCAUCGAUUGAAUGAGAUGGGACACACCAACCAAUACGGUGAAGAUGAUGCCUCCCGAAGCUUGUUGAACCAGGGCCCCUUCAACGGACCCUUUGAAGACCCCGUCCACAGCCGAGCUGCAUCCCCGAUGCGCCCAGUUUCGAGAUACAGUCUGACCGAGUCUUAUGCCGCCGACUCAGCAGCUCCUCCUUACGAGGGCAGCGCCGAAAACCCUGCAGCGGCUUUUGGCGUCCCUGGCCGUGUGGCUUCCCCAUAUGCACGCAGUGAGACUUCCUCUACUGAGGCCUGGCGUCAAAGGCAGGCCCCUGGCACUGGCCUGCGCCGAUAUGCUACUAGGAAGGUCAAGCUUGUGCAGGGUUCCGUCCUGAGUGUCGACUACCCUGUUCCUAGUGCUAUCCAGAAUGCCGUUCAGGCCAAGUACCGAAACGAUCUCGAGGGUGGCAGCGAGGAAUUCACUCACAUGCGAUACACCGCCGCCACUUGUGACCCCAACGAAUUCACCCUGCACAACGGUUACAACCUGCGACCGGCCAUGUACAACCGUCACACCGAACUAUUGAUUGCUAUUACCUAUUACAACGAAGACAAGCAAUUGACUUCCCGUACCUUGCACGGUGUCAUGCAAAACAUUCGCGAUAUUGUCAACUUGAAGAAAUCCGAGUUCUGGAACAAGGGUGGUCCAGCUUGGCAGAAAAUUGUCGUCUGUCUCGUGUUUGACGGUAUCGAUCCUUGUGACAAGGACACUCUAGAUGUGCUCGCUACCGUUGGUAUCUACCAGGACGGUGUCAUGAAGCGUGACGUCGACGGAAAGGAAACCGUGGCCCACAUUUUCGAAUACACUACUCAGCUUUCCGUUACACCCAGCCAGCAGCUCAUUCGUCCCACAGAUGACGGCCCAAGCACCCUACCUCCCGUGCAAAUGAUUUUCUGCUUGAAACAAAAGAACAGCAAGAAGAUCAACUCUCACAGAUGGCUGUUCAACGCCUUUGGACGUAUCCUAAACCCUGAAAUUUGCGUCUUGCUCGAUGCGGGUACCAAGCCCGGCCACAAGUCUAUUUUGGCUUUGUGGGAGGCCUUUUACAACGACAAGGAUCUUGGUGGUGCUUGUGGUGAAAUUCACGCUAUGUUGGGUAAGGGUUGGAAGAAUUUGGUCAACCCUCUAGUUGCCGCACAGAAUUUCGAGUACAAGAUCUCGAAUAUUCUCGACAAGCCCCUGGAAUCCUCCUUUGGAUACGUCAGUGUGUUGCCUGGUGCUUUCUCAGCAUACCGAUUCCGUGCUAUCAUGGGCCGACCUCUCGAGCAGUAUUUCCAUGGUGAUCACACCCUUUCCAAGCAAUUGGGUAAGAAGGGUAUCGAGGGCAUGAACAUUUUCAAGAAGAACAUGUUUUUGGCCGAAGAUCGUAUCUUGUGUUUCGAACUGGUGGCUAAGGCCGGCUCUAAAUGGCACUUGUCAUAUGUCAAGGCUUCCAAGGCCGAAACUGAUGUGCCCGAAGGUGCUGCUGAAUUUAUUUCUCAGCGUCGUCGUUGGUUGAACGGUUCUUUUGCUGCCGGUAUUUACAGUCUGAUGCACUUUAGCCGUAUCUACAAGUCUGGCCACAACAUUAUUCGAAUGUUUGUUCUUCACUUUCAAAUGCUUUACAACACUUUCAACACUAUUUUGACAUGGUUCGCUCUUGCGUCUUACUGGCUUACUACGUCGGUUAUCUUGGAUCUUGUCGGAACGCCUAGUAAUUCUAAUGGCCAGAAUGGUUUCCCGUUCGGUAACACUGCUACCCCUAUUAUCAAUACGCUUGUCAAGUAUGGCUAUCUCGGUGUGCUUUUGCUUCAAUUUAUUUUGGCUCUCGGAAAUCGUCCCAAAGGUUCAAAACACACGUACAUCAUGUCGUUCAUAUUUUUCGGUAUCGUGCAGCUCUACAUUGUGGUAGACUCUAUGUACUUGGUGGUCCACGCCUUUACCGGUUCCACACCGAUGGAUUUCGACACGAGCAACGGAGUUGGUGGCUUUUUGAAAUCUUUCUUUUCGUCGUCCGGUGCGGGUAUCAUCAUCAUUGCAUUGGCUGCUACUUUCGGUCUCUACUUCGUCGCUUCUUUCUUGUACAUGGACCCAUGGCACAUGUUCACCUCGUUCCCCGCCUAUCUCUUGAUCAUGUCGUCCUUCAUCAACAUCCUCAAUGUCUACGCUUUCAGCAAUUGGCACGAUGUUUCCUGGGGUACCAAGGGUUCAGAUAAGGCGGAUGCGCUGCCAUCAGUUCAAACGCAAAAAGAAGCAGAUGGAAAAGGAGCGGUCAUUGAAGAAGUCGACAAGCCCCAGGCUGAUAUCGACUCUCAAUUUGAAUCUACCGUCAAGCGUGCCUUGACACCCUUUGUGGCACCCGUUGAAAAGGAAGAGCGCAGUUUGGAGGACUCCUACAAGAGUUUCCGUACCAAGCUUGUCAGUUUCUGGAUCUUCACCAACGCUCUUUUGGCGGUUUGCAUUACCAGCGAUGGUGUUGAUGAGUUCGGAUUCACAAACAAAGCCACUACCCGUACCACGCACUUUUUCCAGGCUCUCUUGUGGGCCACCGCAGCCGUCGCACUGGUCCGAUUCAUCGGAUGCUGCUGGUUCCUGGGCCGAACUGGUCUCAUGUGCAUGUGUGCCCGACGAUAA